GCUUACUAUGAAGUGGAGGUUUCCGGAAGACGUGGCGGCUGUUGAUGUGCAACGCCAGGUUGUCACUGUCAGCUGAAGUCUGUUUGCGGCGUUUUUGGGGAGUUCGUGGGAAUUGUGGUUGAUAUUUUUAUUUAGUCAAUUGCAACUAUGAUUUCCUUAUCGGAUUCUCAAAAAAUUGGAAUGGGGCUAACGGGUUUUGGAGUGUUCUUCCUGUUUUUCGGCAUGAUCCUGUUUUUUGAUAAAGCCCUUCUUGCAAUAGGAAACAUUUUGUUUGUGGCAGGUUUAUCAUUUGUAAUCGGCUUGGAAAGGACUUUCAGAUUCUUCUUUCAGAAGCACAAAAUGAAAGCUACAGGAUUCUUUUUGGGGGGUGUCUUGGUGGUGCUGAUAGGAUGGCCUGUAAUCGGAAUGGUUCUUGAAAUAUAUGGCUUUUUUCUUUUGUUCAGAGGGUUCUUUCCUGUGGUCAUUGGAUUUAUAAGAAGAAUACCAAUAUUGGGGUCCUUGUUGAAUUUACCUGGAAUCAGCUCGCCUACGUAAGGCUGGGAAGGAAAUCUGCAAUAAUGUUUGUGGACAAAGCUGGUGACAGUGGUAAUAUGGUAUAACACUGACUAACCAACAACUUUUAUAUAUGAAUAUAUUUAUAACAUUACACAAAACAGUAACUGUAACCUUCCCUUCUGCAUAAUCCAAUGGAAUAUCUAUUACCGCAGACUGUUUCCUUCAUUCAAAGCUGUCAGGGUUUAAUCUGUCCCAACUUCCAUUUUUAUCAUAAUUUAUCGACUGAAAUGUUCAAGUAUGUUCCGAGGAGGUUCUUUCUCACUGUCAAGGAAGCUGGUUACAAAUUCCAUCAUGUUAACAUUAAAUGAAAAUGAAGGAGAAUGGCAAAAAAAGAAACAAAACUUUUAUACAAAGUUCAGCACAAUGUGCUCAUCUUUUUACUGUACAAGUGGUGUUGUUGUGUUGAAAAUAAUUAUAUGGAUCUUUUGAGGCCAAGAAAAGAAACUUUAUUUUUAUUCUCUUAUGAAUAAUUUUUGCAAGGCGUUGUUUUUUGUUUGAAGAAGAGCAAAUUUCUGCAACCCAAUACUGUUGUACUACACUUUGGGGAAUAUGUUACAAAGAUAGCAAGCCAUAUUGUUUACAGCUGGCAAUCUUCUUUGCUUUCUUUAGCAGAAAGUGUCUAUACUGCGUAAAAAUGACAUUUUAUUUAAAAAGUGCCAGAAAAAACAAUUAUGUUGUUGGUGACUUUUAUUUUUUUAAAUAUAAAUCUCCUUUAUAUUAUAAACUAUAAUGCAUCCUUGGGGAAUGUACAAGGGUUUGACCUCAUUAGGAUAUUUUUAAUUAAGAUCUUCUUUAACACUGUACAGUAUUAAGGAGAAAACUUUCAUUGUUAAGCUGUAAGGAUUUUUGUAAAUACACAUUUGAAAGAAAA